AUGUCCGAAACAAACACCACCAAAUCCGUUCGUGUUGCCCGUUCACAGCCAUAUCCUCCCGACAGCUACCAUUCUCGAUGUAUCCCCUGCUGGAUUCAUGCAAUCAAACGCCCUUACAACAAUCCAGAAACUCCUUUCCGACGACGACUCGUCGAAGCACUUGGCGACAUCGAAUGGGUCACCAUCGAUGUGCAUCGCAUCGGAUACGCGGAGUCCGAAGAAGCUCUGGAAGAUCGGUGGCUGUGUCCCAUCACUAUAUGCGUCUCAGUGAGGCCGGGCUCGACAACACCUGAGCAGGGCCAAGCAGCAGUCCUCAGAUGCAAGCAAGUUUUUGACGAGUUCGAUCGCCCCGAUAUGGAAGUCGACAUCAGUGAGGACGUGCCAUGGGACCCCUGGUUGUAG